UCGCGCUCGCGAGCUCGCGACACAAUCGACAAGUACAUUGCUCGGCGGUGAGCGCAAACAUGGCGGACUGCAAGGAAAGCAGCAACGAGGAGACGAGCAAAGAACCUGAGCCGAUGGUCACUAUGAAAUUUCAUAGCCCGGACGAGUCUAGCGAUAACUCUGUCAAUGAUGAGGUGGAGAAGGGAUCUGCUGAAAAAGAUUCCGACAACUCCUCCUCAUCAAAUAGUUUACCGCACAACUCAGUUUCAAAAUCACCAGACAAAAAGAGCAAAAGGUUGUUUACAUUAAAAGCAUCAGCAUUUCUUCCUGGAUCUAGUACAUUUUCAGAGAAAUCUAGCUGUAGUAGUAAACCAAAAACUUCUUUGUUGAGGCCAUCAGCAUUGAGUUCAGUCACAAGUUGUGGCACAUCAGCCAAAAGUGUGUUAAAGCCAUCGAAAUUUCAAAAUCCUUUUUCCAAAGUCACUGAUGAUUUGGAGGAUGGAGAGUCAGCAGCUCACAGUGAAAGCAACAAAGAUGAAGAUGCAGAAAAAGGUACCAAGGAUGAAAAUGACAAGGAGGAAAAAGAUAAGGAUGAAAAAGAAGAGGAAAAAGAAAAAGAAGUGCCUAAGUUUUUGGCAUUAAGUAAAAGUACGAAUGCCAAGGAGAAUGAAAAUAGUUUUAGUAGUGCAGUGACUGCAGGUGCAUCAAAAGCAUCAAGUUUUGUAUUUGGUCAGAAUCUUAAGGAGCGAGUUGCUGUGGCACAUAAUGCAGAUAGUUCUGACAGUUCUGAGAAAGAAGAGGUCAAAGAAGAACCAACAAAUGCAAAUGGAUCUUCUUCUUCAGAAUUAAUGUUCUCUAAUGCAGCAGCUGUUUGUAAAACUUCAAAUGAUAGCAAACCAAGUUUAACAUUGUCAGAGGCAGCACAUGAGCUUGAAGAAGCUAAUCGUGCUAACAAGAGAAAAUAUAGUGAAGUGGCUCUGUUGACUGGUGAGGAAGAUGAAACGAACGUUUUACAAAUCAAUUGCAAACUUUUUGCUUUUGACAAAGCGACGAGUAGCUACCAAGAGCGAGGUCGAGGUUUUCUGCGGUUGAACGACAAGGACGAUGAAUCGCGUUUAAUUGGUCGAGCAGCAGGAACUCAACGCCUCGUACUCAAUACAAAAGUGUGGCCAGGCAUGACAGCCGAGCGCGCAGGACCAAAAUCAUUACGACUGACGGCGAUGGAUGCUCAAGGCGAGAUUCGCAUAUUCGUGGUGCAGGCCGCCCAAAAGGAAGUUGAGCAGUUGCACAACUUACUCAUGCAACGACUGACACGUGCUCAAGAACGGAAACCUAAGAAACUCGCCACUGAGCACUGAAGUCCGCCAAUCCUAAUUGCGAUUCGCUGGGACCUUUUUCCAAUAUUUUAUUUUCGAGGACAGUAUUUCUUUGUGAGCGUAUUGCAGUUUUACUGUAAAAUACGAAAGUCGCUUGCAUCGUUCUUUUGUGAAUCGUCGCACGUUGGUAAAAGAAACGAUAUUUUGAUAAAUGUCCUUUUGUCAAGGAAUUUAUAUUUAUUGAUGGUUCUAAAAACUUGUCGAUGGAGUAUAGUAAAUUCUUUUUUGAUUUACUUUUAUUUAUUUUAGAGUGAAUUUUUUUGGAUAGCUAGUUCAUAUCAUUGGCGCGACGGUGAUGAUAUUUUUAUCGCUUGUUGAAAACGAUGAAUUACUGUACUUAUCGGUAGUGUGUAUAAUCGAAUUUCAGAAAUUAUUAAUUCAAACUAUCCAGCGAAUCGCAAAUUUGCCACUAUAAAAUACUAACUUAAAGUAUGUCAAAUGAGACGGUUUAAUUUUUUCUCAGAGACCGUAAAAAAACUCCAUGGAAGUUAUCCAAACAGGCCUGUUAAGUGAAAGAAAAAAGAAUGUCGAUUUACCUUAUAUAUAUGAAAGAGCCGACAUUUACGAAUACGGACGUAAAUACUUUGAGUCAGUAAACUUAAUCGAUAUUCGUUGUGUUUUACUUUGCUGAAAGGGAAAGAAGGAUGAUGGAUUUUUUUUGUAAAGCAGUCAAACAUUUUCCUUCCUUCUCUUUUCUAACGUUUUUUCCUCCAUUAUAUGUGAAUUAGUCUCUUUCUAAUCAUUCCUGCGAGCAAAACUCAUAAUACGUGCAUAAUAAUAUGGAUUGAAAAGUGUUUUUUCUUUACACUCAUGAUAAACGAUGUAAUAUGAAACGCAACACUAAAAUGAGUUUAUUGAGUCGUUUUUUGAAUACUUACAUUUUUUAUCUCAAUUAUAUAGUAGAACACCAUCAAAAUAUUUAAAAAAACAAAAAGAAGGCAGAGCAAGAUUCUAAACUUUUGUGUACCGGCGAUAUUAUUAUUAAAACAUAAAGAAGCGGGUUCACACGAGUAAUUCUGAAUAGAGUCGAGGAUUUAAAAAAGUCGUUUGUGUAUGGUCAAGAGUGUGCAUGUGAUGUGAGUGAAUGUUUGGCUAGGUAGAGAUUUUUAAUGAGGAAUAUAGUCUAAUCUGAUAAUAAAUUAAUACAGAUUGUCAUUGAAAAGUAACAAAAGAAUUCAAGGUAAUAUUAGUGCUUGUGCUUCAGAAAAAAAGGCAUUCUUUAAUACUUGAAUGACAAUGAUGAUUUAGGUGAAAAAAAAUGAUUCAACAUUGUACUACUACCUCUUAUCUGGUUGAACAACUUUGUCGCAAGUUCCUCAGUUUAAAACUUUGUAUGGAAUGGCAACGUGACAUUAAAUACUUCAGUAAUAACAUUGUUCAAUAUUUAGCUGUAAAUAAAAUCUCA